UGAAAGCCAAGAUAGGCUCUUCCUCUCCUAUAAAUAGAGGAGGGCUCCCUACCCACAGGCGCAGCUCAGGCGCUAUCGUUCGGCACAAGAUUUCCAGUACGGCGUAGAUAUUCCUUGAGAAAAUUUCGAGGAGAACGGAGUGAAGUGAGAUGAGCACCAUGGCAGUUGCAUCAAGAGUAGCAAGGUCUUCCCUAAAUCCAAAUGCCCCACUUUUCAUCCCUGCAGCAUUUCAGCGUGUGGAGGACUUCUCGCCUGAGUGGUGGGAAUUGGUGAAGACCAAUUCAUGGUUCCGCGAUCACUGGUUCCGUCAGCACCAGGAGCAAGAAACUUUCGAUGGCGAUGAUGAAGAAGAUGACAUUGCCAAUCUGCUUCCAGACUCAUUUGAUCUUGGCAUUGCAGAAGAAUUCUCCCAUUUUGAAGCAGAGCUUGAGGAGCAGGAAGCUUUCAUGGAGGCGGCUGAAGUUGAAAACGAGCUGGGUCGUACUACACUGAAGAAGAAUGUCAAGUCUGGUUUUGAGGACACUGAAGCACUCAUCAGGAACCUAAGCUUGAAAUCUCCCAAGAGUGGAGUUGUUAAGCCUGUCGUGGAUCCAACAAGGUAUAAGGAUAAGCCUGCCCAGGUUACAAACCCCAGGUUCAGCCCUCGCCGCAUCAUUCAGCAACCUCGUUAGAAUACUUCUUUGUUGGGAAGUAGAAGCGCUCUAUCAAGGCCUAAAAAAGCUUUCUCUUUGAAUGUGUAGUGGUGUAAUUUCCUUGUAUAGAAAGCCAGAUCAUGCAUCUUUUAAGUUUCUUCUAGUCAAUGAAUGUUGUUUGUUCAGCAAACUACCUUCGUAACUUGGGUGCAAUGGAAGACAUGCUUGAAAAAAAAGUUUGUAGUUAACUACAUGGAUCAUAGAUGCCUAGUUCUUCUUAU